GCUUGUCAUCGUGCUAUCGAGGUUACGGAAGGUAAUCUUCUGCUGGCCCAGUACUGCUCUCAUAUCCUCAAUUCUCCAGGGUCGCUUGGCGGUGUCGCUUCUAUUGGCCUUGGCGGCCCCGGAAGUGGUGCAACAGUAUCUGGAGUUGGCGGAGUAUCCGGUGGUCUGAGUGGGUCAAACGUCACUUCGGCUCAUUCAGGACCUGGGGGCCCUGGGACUCCCGCUUCUGUUGGAGUCCGCCUGCCUAUUUCACCACCCGAUUACAAGGCUAUUUUCAAGUCAUGGCAGUACGUCAUGGCAUUUUUUUACAGUCUUAAUCUAUCCUUUUUGGAUAUCAAUUCCUCUUUUGCCGACCUAUAA